UCCACUGCUUUAGUUCACACAAGCAGGAGGAGAUUUGUUUGAAGAUAUCCUGAAACCUGAACCCUUACUGGUUUAUUGCUGGCUGGCACUUCAAAGCUUUCAUCCUGAGUCGCAAGUAGCAGCUACUGGGAGUAGCUUCUGUGCACUAUGAAGAAUUUUUCAUUUCCUAUGCAGGAUAGCACACAUCAGACUGAAAGUCCUCCUCACAGAUUUCUGAGUUUGACAAAUAAGUCAGAUCCCGUUGGAAGACCGGAAAGAGAUGAGCAAUUAGCUCAAGUAGAGAUUGCUGUACUGGGGAUGAUAUUUCUGACAGCGUCUGUGGGCAAUUUUAUUCUCAUUCUGGUGCUGUGGAGAAGAAGAAAGAAGCUCUCUAGGAUGUAUGUAUUCAUGCUGCACCUCAGCAUAGCUGACUUAGUGGUAGCUUUUUUUCAAGUGCUGCCUCAACUCAUAUGGGAUAUUACAGAUGUUUUCAUAGGGCCAGAUUUCUUGUGCAGAAUUAUCAAGUAUCUGCAAUUGCUAGGCAUGUUUGCCUCUACUUAUAUGAUAGUGGUCAUGACAGUGGACAGAUAUCAAGCAGUUUGCUACCCUAUGGUCACUUUCCAAAAGAGGAGAGCUCUGUGGAAUAUUCCCAUUUGCACCAGCUGGUCUAUAUCCUUGAUUCUUAGCCUACCACAGGUAUUUAUCUUUUCUAAGACUGAAAUAUCUCCAGGUAUCUUUGAAUGUUGGGCUGAAUUUAUUCAACCGUGGGGUCUAAAGGCGUAUGUGACUUGGAUUUUUGUAGUCAUAUUCUUCAUUCCCUCCACCAUCCUUAUCACAUGCCAAGUUAAAAUUUGCAAAAUAAUCAAAAGAAAUAUACAUGUGAAAAAACAGAAUGAAUAUGAAGUAACGAAUCAGAAGCAAAUCCUGCCAUCCCGAGCCAGCAGUGUGAACUGUAUUUCAAAGGCUAUGAUCAAGACUGUAAAAAUGACAGUGGUAACAUUUGUUGCAUAUGUUCUCUGUUGGUCCCCAUUCUUCAUUGCACAGCUGUGGUCUGUGUGGUUCCCCAGUGGCAUUACUGAAGGAUCAGCAUUCACCAUUAUCAUGCUUCUCGGCAAUUUAAAUAGUUGCACCAACCCGUGGAUUUACAUGUAUUUUUGUGGCCACAUUCCAUAUUGCACAAAUAAGCAGCUGGAGAACACAUCAGCUCAAGAGGAGUCGGUGGUCACAGGAAGCAUUCAUCUUGUAGACAGAGACCCUGAGGAAAACAGUACUUGUGCAUAAAUAUUGAAUGUUAUUUGUAUUCUGCUACAUUUGCUAUGUUCAUGAGACUUAUCAAUAUUUUGUAGUACUGAAGCUGGAAAAUUGUCUUUUGUUGCUAUAAAUAUGUUCUUCUGUGGUUCUGUAGCAUAUGCAGAAGUUUCUGUGUUGUACAAGCUUGACCCAAUACUUCUAUCCUCACUGUGUUAACAAAAUGAAUUCCUGUAUAGAUUGAUAAAGAUACAGAAGGACAACCUGAAUAUUUUGUGUCUUACACUACUACUGUGAUUCUGGAUCUCUAAGCACGUUUGUUUUUUUUUUACAACCUGCCCAACAAAUUGAGAGAAAGUUGCAGAAGAAUCUGACAUAAUUAGAUUUAAAUAUGUGCUUAAACUGAACUUUAAAUUGGUUGUGACUCUAAAGCGAUUGGGCAUGGUUUGGCAAAUCUUGAGAAGGCAGCAGAAAGUCAGAAAAAUCAAUUGCCAUCUGUAAGUAGUACCUGUUAUAUACAUUUAUAAAACGCUGAGCAGCUUUAUGUCCUCUUAUGGAAAAUAACUCAGUGUCCUUGUGAGUGUGAACAGCUAUUUCGGUUUCAAAUGCAGUACAGUGACAUUCCAGGUUUGUGGCUUCCUAUUACAUAGCCAUCAAUACAGGACGUGAUUUUCUCUGCCUUCCGUGUUGGCUGAAACUCUCCACACUUACACACACAUAUAUAUGCCUUAAAUAGAAACGACUGCCAUGGGUGUACACUUCUAUUUGGUAUUCUGUGUAUUUUUGUGCAGGUUGUAUUCAGACUCAUUUGUUCUGGUAUGUGAUUUACUGACGGUGGGCUAGGACCUAUUCAGGUUCAAAUUCAAUCAUUUCACCUUUUUGGUAAAAAUAAAUCUGCAUCUCUUUCUUUCAGAACUCCAUUUGCUUUCUAGUGUGUCAAUUUUUUAUUCAGGAAGCUAUUUCCCUUUCAGUGUCUAAAUUUUAAUUAGAGCAGUAUGGAAGGAAUAUUAGAAAAGCUCUUUCAGGUGAAAAAAAGAGCUGCCUUUGCAGAGAUUCUUGGCAAUGCUUGCACAUCAUUUGCCUACGUUAUAUCAAUGUUUUGUCAUUGCUAUUCAUAAUUCAUUUUAUAAAUGCUAGCUAUCUCAAAUUUCAGUGGAAAAGAUAUGAGUGUUUUUCAAAUAGCCUUUAGGUUGUACUGAAAGUAAUUCUGAGUAAAUACCGAUUGAAUAGUUACACUAUAAGUUUGUGUGUGCUGAUACUGAAUAUUCUAUCAUUUCCGUUCCCCAUGUAGUUGGAGCAUACAAGGGUACUAACCAAAUAUUGCAGCUCCUCUUAAUGGAAGAAGCCAGUGCUCCAGUCCAACUGGCCAGGGUAAGGUUCCAACAAGAAGGAAGAGAAAAAAGUUGGGUGAAGAUAUGCCAGAGCUAGACAGGAGUGGGAUGGCUGUAAAAUGGUUCUUCCAACUGCCAAUGUUUUGUUUUGGCUUUUAUGUUUUUUUCCCCCGUCCCUCUCCUUGAUUAACAGUUACUAAUUCUCCCCCAAAACAUAUUCCAAGUUAGGGCAAUUAUUAACUUAAACAAUAUCCUUAUUUGGAGUAUGAAGAUCCAAGAUGUGAUCUGUACUGCCAAUAAGAUAUUUGUUGUAUUAAACCGCUCAUGUUCCAGAACUUUCUUUCAAACAAGCUCUCAGUUAGGUUCUCCCUUCUGACUUAAUCCAGGGAUUAAAAUUUUUUCUUUUGUCCUUCUGGUUCCUUUGAUUACAAUGAAUUACGUGGUAAAAUAUGCAGUGUUAAAGGUCAGUGUAAGAAGAAAGGCUUCAGGGAAUUACCUAUGACCUGGUACUACUGGGUUUGCAGAAAAACACAUUGAAAGACUUAGAAAGUAUAUAUAUUCAUCCGUGGCUAUCACUCAACCCUGACAGACACUCUCAGUGAGGAGUUCAAUCUUGGAUGACAAUUUUCUGUAAAAAAAUUUCAAAUGAUGUAAAAAAAAAUACUAAUAACUAUUUUAUUUUUCUAGCUCAGUGUUUUUAACAGGACAUUUCUUAAAGAAACAGGCAUUUAAAAAUAUAACAGAUGUCUUCCCUCUGCAAAUUUGGACUUUGGUUUUCUUGAUUGUUAUAGUCUGAAUAUCUUGUGCCCUCAUUAUCCCCUGUAUUUUGAUUCUUUAGUUGGACUGUAUCUUUCCUAAUUCACUGUCACUUUGAUUUCCAAUAGGCGUUAAAGUGUUUCAUUAAGAGUGAUGAUUCUGAGGCAUCCUUGUUGUCUGGUCAGGGUGUUUAAUCCAUACAGGAGAAUCAGCAACUUGAACCUGCAAGACCCUGGAUGUAUUGUGGAAGCACACACAAGUGAAAAAAUCCAGUGAUCAGAUGAAAGCCUUCCUUGUCAGUGCUUAGACCCUGAUUUCUCACAGCAAUUAAUUUCUGAGAAGGAAAAUGCAGUUUGCAAGUUCAUGCAUGAACUGAACAGCUAUGUUGUUGAUAUUGGCAGUGCAGCAUAAUUUCUGGAUAUGUGGCUUUGCUUAUUUGUUGUUUUUUCUUGUUAUGUUUCUUUUUUUUUUUUUUUCCCCUAGGUUUUGUUACCACUUAGAAAAGGCAGAGUUUGGUAGAAAGUAUUACAUUCUUUCCUAAAAACUACCUUUUUUGUGUGUGUGUGAUAGAGGUAGAUAAGAAUGUAAGAUAAUGUGAUCUGUCAGUUCUGUGUGUAUUUAUUACAGGGAAAAAACAAACACAGAAACAACAAAGUAGGAGAAUGAAAGGAAAAUCCAACAUGUUUUGCAGUCUUCUCAGCAUGUUUUGAAAAUUUUGUUAUUCAACAGAAUCAUUUCUGUUUUUUUCAUAGCUAGUUUCAGCUCCGAUGUUUGUAAUGGUGAAUACUGAAAUCAGAAGUUUGGAUGUUAAUAUUUAUCUUUAAUCUUUCAGUGAAAAGAUAUUGGCAAAUUUUAAAGAUGGUGCCUUACCAAUACCCUGCCAAUUUCAGUUUGAUCACUGACAGUUACUGAUUAUCAGGUCAAAAAAAGUGCUCCUGUCUCUGUAUUAGUGAAGGAAGACUGUCAGCAUGAAGUGCAGAUCCAAGCUGGAGAUGGCAGUCUGUUGUAUGAAGCAGAUGUGGCAUGCAGACAUGGCUGUAUUGUCUAGCUCCCAAACACACGGCCGGGACAGAAGUAUUCUCAAGAGCAUGCAGAAGUUCGCAGUUCUUGGCUAAGGAAUAUCAUGUUCAGACAAAGGCAAAGGAAGGUGAUCCAGUUGUUCAGUUCUUAAAGAAACAUGCAGUUUGGUUUAGAUUACUUAGAAGAAAAAAAAAAAAAGACAAAGCCAUUUUUUGUUGCCUUCCUAAGUUGGGGAUUUGGCCAUGCAUAGUCUGGGCCAUGGACAGGAAGCAUGCGUGAUUGUAAACUCGAUGAUUUACAUAUGGGACAAAACAGUAUUGCAAAUGAAAAGAGCUUCAAAUGGCUAUUGUGUGGCAGUAAGGUGAUCAUGAAUCAUUUAUUUACUACUGUACUGGCCAAUCUGUAUAGAACUGAACUGAAGACGAACUUUUAAGAAAAUUGAAAGUAAAACCUCAUAUAAUUUCUGAUCUCACAUCAAAACUGAUGCUGCCAUCCUAAAACCCACCUCCCCUGUCCAACAGACUCCUCUCUGCCCUUAAAGUGCUAAGCAGAGCCUCAUGAUCCACAGUACUGUGAACGAACUUUGCCCACCCUCAUCUCUUGUGAAGGUGCCCCACGUUGUCCACACUUGACCUCUCUGAAAUAAAAGUAUAACAGCUGUGCCUUAUUCCUGGGCUUAUAGAAGUCUCCUGCUAUUGCCAUUUGAGGAAUUUUUGGGGGUCAUCUCACUAAGAAAGCAAAUUCUGGGUAUCUGUACAAUCCCUCUGUAAAAUCUAUAUUCAUUUGCAUUUUCACAGGAACAAAAAAACAAUGGGUUUUGAGUGAAACUAAGAAAGUCAUACCCAUAGCCUUCUGAUUCCUUUUAUUGCCAGCAGACAGACCAAAGCAGAUGCCUUCUAACAUUAAAUAAUAGUAACCAACUUCAUUAACCUAUGUUAUUUUCCGGUCCAUAGUGUACUUUGGAGCUGCUGAAACUCUAACCAAAGUGUCCACCCAGAUGUUGCCCUAGUUAUGCAGUGCAAGCACAUCUAUGUGAUGUGAUAGUUAUAAAAUGCUUUUUAUAUCAUGGCUGGCAUUCUGAAAGUUCUUCAGAAUUAGGGAAUUAUUUUUCUUCGCUCCUUUUACUACACUCACCAAAACUUAAGAUUAGUUUUUGAAGUUGUACAUUCCAGCAGCAAAUCUGAAUUUGCAUCAACAUCAGGAAUCAGUAAAACCUUGUGGAGGAAGCACUUCAACGCAGUUUGGGAAAUAAAUUUUGGAAAAAUCAUUUGACCCUGAAGAUCUAUGGAAAUUAUGUCUGUGCAAUUGGAUGCAAUUAGUGAGAAGAUAUAUUCCUUUACACCCCGGUAACAACUUGUCAAGGGAAUUCAUGUGGUAACAGAAAUGAAAAAGUUAUGAGAAAAGUCUGAUGUUAUUGUUGUUGUUUUCAUCAUCACUGUCUUAUCAUUGUAAUCAUCGUCAUAGUUAUCAUCAUCACCACUAUUAUUUAAAUAAAAUCAACAUAUAACCUACGUUAACUUUUAAGUAAAUUACAAAUUUGGCAGAGUAUAACAUACAGAGAGUACUUCUGGAGCUGAAUUAACAUAAAAAGCAUGAUUUCAAUCACAAAUGCCACUUUUAUUUCUGAUGUUGCUUGUGUUGCUAAUUUAGUUAGAUAACAAACAGAUAUAUUUAAUUUCGUUCUGAAAUUAACAUUCUAGCCAAUGAAUUCCAUGAAGUGACCCAAAGAAAAAUGUUGUCACAAAACCCUAAAAAUGAAUUUGCUUUUUAUAUACUUCAUCAUGUAUACAUUAAAGCAAAUUGUUACUGGUCUUGUAUUCCUGGUUUAUUCUUGAGUUCAGUUACUAUUUAUAUCCUUAACUUUGAAGAGAGACUAGGAAUACAGUCACAGUAGCAAUCACAGUAUGCUGAAAUUGUGUGCCCAUGUCUCUAAAUGUGUAAAUGGAUGUCUGGCUUCAAGUAGUAUAAUGCUGAGUGGCUCCAGCUUUUGACUUACUGUUGGGAAAAAUUGUAGUUCAUCACUGAGAAUGCAAGCUUUCUGGCAAGCAGUCAUGAUGUGAAAACACUGCUUAUUGAUACAUUUAAUACAAAUUCCACUCUGUUGGUAAUAUGAUUCAUAUUCUCAAUCCUCUGUUGAACAAGACUGAUGAAAUCGCGUGUUCUGAGAUGUCACAUGUUCAGCUGUAACUGUUCACAAAAAAUGUUAGCAAAACCUCAGGAAAGAAAUCUUCAUUUUC